AUGUGCCAGAUUCAUGGUAAGGAAUCUGGUAAGGAAGAGGCUGUGGUACGAGGCUCUCAAGAUUAUGGAAGGCUGGUCAUUGUUUCACCUUACUCAGGAACCCAAGAUAGCUCUGGACAAAAGCUGGCUGGAGAUAAAAAGGAACCAGAAGGAAACAAAAAGCCUAAACUGGCGUUCAAGAUCGGUAAAAAGACUGUAUUUCAAACUACGAAAAGUGAAAACAUGAUACAAAAAUCUGAGUCAAAACCAGAACCAGUUAAAAGUUCAUUGAGGGAAGCUUUUAAUUCUGAGAGUGAAUCGGAAGAAGAAAUGCCACCAGAAGCUAGAAUGAGAAUGCGCAACAUUGGAAGAGAUACACCUACUUCUGCUGGGCCAAAUUCUUUUGGUAAAACGAAACAAGGUUUCUGUGAUGCCAAAAAGGUAUUUGAAAAGAAACUUAAAGCAGCUGCUGAAAGCACCUUAGAUAGCUAAAUCUCACUGAAUUACUCCAAAUUUAUGGAUAAUUAUAUUACCAUGAACUGUUUAACUUAAUAUAGACCUGUAAAUAUGUAUUUAAAUCGAUUUUUUGCAUCUUUGAAUUUUAUUGUCGGACAGUGAUAUAUCUCCUAAUUGCUAAUGUACAUUUAUUUCAUGUAUGUAUGUACAAUCAUUUUAAUAUGUUUUGUUUUCCUGUCCUACAAUUUAUAUUAAAUCUUUUUUUCUUUUUUAUAAAUUUAAAAAAAAAAAAUCAUGCAAUGCAGCCAAUAGAACUUGUUUUUAAUCUUGUAUUAUUAAAAUCAAU